UGGUGGGGUUGGGGGGCUCCUGUGGGGAGGCUGCAGCCCCUGGGGUGACGCCUCCCGGCCCUCUUCCCUUCAGGGCCGGCUGUGCCAGCCCCGCCAUGGCCCCAGCGGUCUGCGGGACGCUCCUGGGGCUGGCCCUGUACGCCGGCAGCCUGUGCGCCACGUUCCUCUACCACGACUACUGUGUGAUCGGGGCCGGCCCCGCGGGCUUGCAGGCGGCCUAUUUCCUCCAGAGAGCCGGCCGCGACUACAUCGUCUUCGAGCGGAGCCAUUCCCCCGGCAGCUUCUUCGCGCUCUACCCUCGGCACCGCAAACUCAUCAGCAUCAACAAGCAGUACACGGGCAAGUCCAACAGCGAGUUCAACCUGCGGCACGACUGGAAUUCGCUGCUCAGCCACGACCGGCGCCUGCUCUUCCGACGCUACUCUCGCGACUUCUUCCCCAACGCUGACGCCAUGGUGCGCUACCUGGAGGACUUUGCUUCCCUGCUGAAGCUGCAGGUUCAGUACAACACGGCCAUCAUCCAUGUGACGUUGGAGAAGAAUGAGCAGGCCUGGAACGGCCAUUAUUUUAUCCUGACCGACCAGGACAGGAAGAACUACAAGUGCAGCUGUUUGUUGGUUGCUGCUGGGAUGUGGGUUCCCAACGUGGUAAACUUUCCUGGCUCAGAGUACGUUGAGGGUUACGAGACUGUGUCCAUCAACCCGGAGGACUUUGCUGGCCAGACCGUGUUGAUCUUGGGCCGAGGGAACUCGGCCUUUGAGACAGCAGAGAACAUCCUGGGUGUCACGAAUUUCAUCCACAUGGUGAGCCGGUCCCGCGUGCGCCUCUCGUGGGCCACCCACUAUGUCGGGGAUCUGAGAGCAAUUAACAAUGGCCUGCUGGACACCUACCAGCUGAAAUCUCUGGAUGGGCUUCUGGAGGGCGACCUAGAAGAUCUGGCCAUUGUUAAGGACAAAAAGGGAAAACUGCACAUCACACUGCGGUUCUACUUGGAGAAUAGGAACGUCAGCGCGGGCAUCGACUCCAUCACACUCCCUCAGGAUGAACUGGACAAUUUUGCCACCCGUGCACCUUACGACCGUGUCAUCCGCUGCCUGGGCUGGAAGUUUGACUUCUCUGUCUAUAAUAGAUCCCUGAGAAUGAUGCCAGGGAAAGGGAAUAUUAAGAAGUAUCCUCAAAUCAAACCCAGCUACGAGUCUAGAGGCACUCGGGGGCUCUUUGUUCUUGGCACUGCUAGCCAUUCAGUUGACUUCAGGAAAUCUGCUGGGGGCUUCAUCCAUGGAUUUCGGUAUACAACUCGGGCAGUCCAUCGCCUAUUGGAAAACCGUCACCAUGGUGUCCCCUGGCCAUCCGCAGUCUACCCUAUUACACAGCUGACCAAUUCCAUCAUCAAGAGGGUGAACGAGGCCUCAGGCCUCUACCAGAUGUUCAGUGUCCUGGCUGACAUCAUACUGCUGAGAGAGAAUGCCACAGCAUUUGAAUACCUGGAAGAGUACCCUACUGGAAUCCUGGCCGAGCUGGAAAUGCAAACGGGAAGAAAGGCUCGCAGUGGGCUCUUUGUCAUCAUCAUGGAGUAUGGAAGGAAUUUCUCUGGGGCUGACAAGGAUGUCUUCUACUACAACCGUGCUGUGGGAGAGGCGCAGCAUGCCUGGCAGUCCAAUUUUUUACACCCUGUUAUUUACUAUUACAAACACCUCCCAACAGAGCGUGAGAUGAGACUCCGUCCCCCUGACUGGCCUCUGCCCCGGCCAGAUGCCAUCCAUCACAUUGUGGAGGACUUUCUGACAGACUGGACAGCCCCGAACGCUCACAUCCUGCCGCUGAGGCGCUUUUUGGAGAACUGCCUCAGCACCGACCUGCGCAAUUUCUUUGCAGAGUUGUGUUUCCUGUUUGCCUUCACCCAUCAGAAGCUGCCUCCCUCCUGCCAGCAGGGUUACAUGAGAAUGCAGGGACUGGUGGGGAGCCAGGAGCUCCAGCACCACGCGGUACAGGCUGGGCUGCUCCAGGAUUACACUCACACAGACUUUUUGGGUGACAGACCCCCUGACAGCCAUGAUGGGUCACAGGAGCGGUUGAUGAGAGAUCAAGGGAUAGCAGUUCGUCCUCUGCAGCAUCUUGUUAAUGCCAAGGAUGAGCUUUAACCUUUCUUGCUCUACACUGAGAUCCAUAGGUGCUUUUGUGACAGUACUGUAACAGAGAUCCACAGCAGGAUUCUGCCCUUUCCACUGUCCCUUUUCCAUCCCCGUGCUUCCCACUGACCAAAGUUGCCAAAGACCUGCUCAGAUCUUGCUGUUACAAAGAGGACCAACGUGCUCUGAAGGACUGAGUGAGGGACCAAAAUCCAGCGAUGCUGAGGUUCCCAUGUUGUCCUUACAGAGUUCAGAGUUGCCUGAAGAUGGUGUUUGUGUUUAUCUCACUGACCAAUUGCUGCAGUGACGUACAGAGGCCACAGAAGUGAGUGCAGGAACGCCUGGGAAGCUUCAGAUGUCAUGUCCCCCGUCAGAGGUGACCUGCUCACACCCAGUGCCACUUCUCUGGUCCCUGGAUGCCGUACGCUGUCUAUACUUGAAGACUUGUUUCUGCGUUCUAUGCUGAAGUGGUACUUCAGGCAAACUUCCUGGUAUUUUUCCUGCAUUUGAGUUAGAGCAAUUGUGUAGCUUGCGUGGGGAAAGAUGAUUUUCUUAGUUACUGUAUAGGUCAGGUAAUUUAUAAUUUCCCAGAGAACACUACAAGGGACUUUCCUCCACAACGGAUGAGUAGCUUGCUUGGAAUGCCUGGGACACAGAGACUUACACUGAGUUUGGCUCUGCCGUCCUCAUGUUUUUCUUCCACACCAAGCAGCCUAGAAGGUUAGCCUGUCUUUUAUAAAGCAUGACAAAUAUUUCUCCUAUUUGCACUAUGUCCCAUCAAGAAAGUUUGAUGUUGUUAAAAUGCUCCUUAAAAUGUCUCUGUUUUAUUCUGCUCCUAAAAGGGAAUCCUAAAGGGGCUGACAGUGAGGCUGUCUGCACUUUACUGCUCCCUCUGUGAGCCAGGUGUGUUUGCCUGUCACCUCCUGUGGACUCCUUCCAUAGGCCUGGAGUUGCAAAGCAAGAGCAGUUUUGAGCUUGAUCUCAUGAUGUCCCUGUGAUUUCUAGGAAAUAGAGGAGGGGUGACAGGGAACAGGCUUUUAUCUCCAUACGUUUUCUAGCCCUUUAGCUUCUUGAAAAAUACACGUUAUUGCUUCCAAACUGAGUGGGGUGGUACUUUACAUGUACCUAAAGCUCUCCCAAUCCUUUGAAUUCAGCUGCUGUUUCAGUAAAACCCCAGUUCCUUGCAGAGGCUGGGGAGCAGGAGAGGUCAAGGAUGUGACAGGGG